AAACUACUGGCGACUUUCCAGUAAUACCGUUGAGUCCCAACCUCCUCCCAGCUGUACAUAGCUGUCCAAUCCUCCCCAUGUGACCCCACUGCACAAACACACACACACACACACAUUGCAUAUAACAUUUAUUGUGAUUUUGAAAAGGAGCUGUGUUAGAAAAAGCUUUAAACCCCUCCUCUUAUAAUGAAUGAUAUGUUGUUGUUGUUGUUGCAAUAGUAGUUGUUGUCGUUCAUGUGGUUUUUCUUUCUACUUCUAAACAUUCUCUAGUUUGCUUUUGGGUAUGUUUGAGGCAUUUGGUUUGUGAAAAGAGAUUGUCAUUUUGGUUUUACUUUUCCAAGUUUCAACAUUGUGUGUAUGUGUGUUAGAUUGAGUUUAUUAUACAAGAAGCUUUGUUGUAGAUUAAUUGUCAUUCAAUUUGGUUUGGUGGGUUUGUUGGGGUUGAGUUAAUUCUUUCUUUUCCUUCCAUCAUUGUGUUAUGGCACAAUUGCCUCCCAAAAUCCCAAACCUUUCACCAAAUUGGCAUGACUUCUCUCACCAAAGAAUACCUUCAAUUGGGAGUAUGACACCAAAUAUCACCACCACCAAUUCCAACCCCACCAAUGCCACCACCCAAAACCCUUCUUGGGUGGAUGAGUUCCUAGACUUCUCGUCUUCGAGGCGGGGAUCUCACAGGAGAUCCGUUAGUGACUCGAUAACCUUCCUAGAGGUGCCAAUGCUAGAUGAAUGUCGCGGCUCGAAUGCACCACCUGGCUCUGGGGUUGCAAGCAAUGAGUUUGAUAGGUUUGAUGAUGAGCAAUUCUUGUCCAUGUUCACUGAUGAAAUAUCCACUGCUGUGGCCCCUACUGUGUCGUCCUCGAACCCCUCCACACCAUCUGAUCAUAACAGCAUUAAUGAUGAGAAAGAAGCACCAGCACAAGAUCAUCAGUUGAAGCAGCAACAGCAACUAAAGAAUGAAUCCGAGGAGGUUGAAAGCCAAUGCAAUUCAGACUCACAAACUCCACCUAACAUGAUGCCAAACUCGUCCAACGAUAGGAUAACUGAUCCUAAAAGGGUCAAAAGAAUCUUGGCAAACAGACAAUCUGCGCAAAGAUCAAGGGUGAGGAAGCUACAAUACAUAUCAGAGCUUGAACGUAGUGUCACCUCAUUACAAGCUGAGGUUUCGGUGCUGUCACCGAGGGUUGCGUUUUUAGACCAUCAACGCUUGCUUCUAAAUGUUGAUAACAGUGCUCUUAAGCAAAGAAUCGCGGCCCUUGCGCAAGAUAAGAUUUUUAAAGAUGCUCAUCAGGAAGCACUAAAGAGGGAAAUAGAGAGAUUGAGGCAAGUCUAUCACCAACAGAACCUCAAGAAGAUGGAAAAUGGUGCACCACAAUCACAACCACACUCUGAUGCCAAGGCUUCAAUCGAUAAAGAACAGCUUCUCCAUGUUUGACUCUCUCUCCCAGAGACUCCAAGUAGAAAGUCCAAGUACAAAAAAAUCAGCUUGAUUUUUCUAGGGGUGCUUUAAUAUGUUGCAUGUGACCCAUCAAAAUGUUGGCUAAUUUUUCAUUAGAGAAUGACAAAGAAGUGUUAUUGGGAAUCAGUCACGUUCUGGGUGGGGAGAACUUUGGUUUGGUGCUCUCUGUGGCUAACCUGAGCGCUCUCACGUGAUGUGUUUACCUUUAAGAAUGGGACCACUCAAAGGUUGAAUGAUUGGAUUGCAGGAAAGAACAUGUGCAUCUGUGGUUUUGAGCCGGGCAGAAUAAAAAAAAAAAAAAAAAAAACAAUUUGAGCUUUGUAUUGCUUUUAACUGAUUAGGUAGGGUGUUGUGAUGAUUCUUUUUAGUAUUUUAUAGCUCAUAAAAAAUUCUUUUUAUAUUUUUUUCUUGUUUCCAAUAUAUUAAUCUUGGAAGGCAAAGGUUAGUGGGUUUGUAACUUUGUGUUGGGAUGUAUGAAAGGAAGGGUUUGUCAGAGUGGUGUUGGGUACUUUCAGGUCAGAUCUAUUGUACUUUUUCCAGUGUUUUUCUUGGUUGUAUGAUAAACUUUAUUCAUCA